UUCCAGGAUCCCGUCAGUCUUAAAUAAGAUAUUUUAAAUGAACAAAUGUACAACCUAAAGUACGACGUUAAUCAGGAAGCAUUCCCGGAAUUGUAAAUAUGGUAAUACGUCAAGUGAUAACAGAACCAUUCCAUAUCAAAAUCAACGGUAAGUGGCUGCAUAUCGAUCAGGAAACGUUGGCGAAACAUCCGGGUGGCAUUGCAAUGACAGCUUAUCGUGACACUGAUGCAACUACAGCAUUUCACAUAUUUCAUUCCGGCUCUAAACUGGCAUAUCAAAUGAUAAAAGAACUGUCAACAAAUAACACCAAUUAUGAACCAACAAAGGAACAGGAAGUGUCGGAAACAUUAUCAGUGUUAGAUGAUGAAGUAAUCGGUAGUUGGAAUUUGGAUGCACAACGUAUCGAAACAAUUAAUCGAAAUUUUAAUCAUUUUAGAGUACAGGUACGAAAAUUAGGACUUUUCGAAGCAAAUAAUACUUUUUACUUUCGUAAAAUAUGUGAAGCAAUUGGCUUAUUAUCAUUAGCAAUAUUUUUGCAACUACAAGAGCGAUUCAUUUUAUCAGCAUUGAUAUUAGGAUUAGCUUGGCAGCAAUUGGGAUGGUUGAUUCAUGAAUAUGCACAUCAUCAACAUUUCAAGAACCAUUAUUGGAAUGAUUUGACAUCAUAUAUUGUUGGAAAUUUACUACAAGGUUUCUCAAGUGGUGGUUGGAAAGAACAACAUAAUAUGCAUCAUGCAGCAACAAAUGUUAUUGGACGUGAUGGUGACAUUAAUUUAUUACCAUUUUGGGCUGUUGUACCAUCAGAUUUGCAACAAAUGCAAGGAAGUUGGAUACUAAAAAUUAUACCAUAUCAGCAUAUUUAUUGGACGAUAGCUUUUCCAUUCUUACGAAUUUCAUGGCUUUUGCAAUCCAUCAUUUUUGUUGCAAAUAUGUCAAAUAGUUGUUUUGAGAUUCAUAGGAAAAGAGCAACAAUUGAACGUUUAGCGCUAUUAUUACAUUGGUGCAUGAUACUCCUUCAGCUUUAUUACUUACCAACAUUUCAAAUACGAUUAAUUUAUUUCUUCAUAUCGCAAUUAUUUGCGGGAUUUCUUUUGGCUCAUGUUGUUACAUACAAUCAUUAUUCCACUCAAAAAUUCAAACAUGAUGAUUUAAUUUUAAACAGUUAUGUUUGUUUGCAACUUCAUACUACCAGAAAUAUGCGGCCAGGAAUUUUAAUUGAUUGGUUAUGGGGUGGAUUAAAUUAUCAAAUUGAACAUCAUUUAUUUCCAUCUAUGCCAAGGCAUAAUUUAAAAACGGUAAUGCCAUUAGUGAAAGAAUUUUGCAUGAAAAAUAAUUUACCCUAUAUGGUAAAUGGAUAUUUUGAAGGAUGGCUGAUGGAAAUUCAACAGAUGGCUGCUAUUGGAAAAUUAGCUCAACGAAUUUAUCAUCAAAAUUAAAGCAUAUAAAAA